AUGUCAUCGUCAGCUGACGAGGCCAAUCAUCACAACAACAAAAAUUCUAAUUUGGAUAAAUCUUGUGAAGCAAGUGUCAAUAAUCACGAAUCCACAAAAUUAAACAACACUGAAAAAGAAAUACUGAAUGAAUUGAACGAACAUUCUUUAUCACACCGAAAACAAACUGACCAAGAAGAAGUCACCGAUUUUCAUCCUUUGACUUCCAAUUUUAAACCAGUUGAUGACUGUCCAAUUACUACACUGGAUGGUUAUGAUUUUUACGAAGUGGAUUUAGGAAAAGCAAUAACUGUUGAAGAUCACAACAGGAUGGAAAAUAUUGUACAGGCAGUCAAACAUGAUAAUGAACAACACAAAAUCUUGGAAAAGAAUGAAAAUUCCUUGAAAGUUCAAUCUUUUUCUGCCAUUGUUGAUCAUCCAUUGAAACCUAUGGAUAAAGAGUUGAGUGUUGAUGAUAGAAAUGUUUUCGACAUGCCUCAACCAAAAACUUCCCAAAACCAGAAAGAAAACAAAUCACACAAAAGCUCUCAAUCUGCUUCCGUAUUUGUUUCAUCAUUUAAAGCAUCACCUCGAUAUACUAUUGAUCUAGACAUGGAGCCCAGAGAAAGAUGGAAACACAUUGUACAUGAUUUCAUGAGACCAUUGAAACUUCUUUCGCAAUAUCUAAACUCCAUCUUGUCAGAGGAGGGCGAUAACACGUUCGUUCCAAGCAUGACUGAUAUCAUUAGCCAAAUUCAUACACCAUAUUUUCUUGAGGAAGAAAUGUGGGGAAUUGCUGACGUUACUAAAAGUAUUGGACUGAGAUACGACUUGAUAUUCCAAUUCAAUGUGUCCUACAAACAUUUUUGUGUGGAGAGCUCAGUUGCUAUUGAAGAAAAUGGAUAUGAAGGAAUUUUUCAAUUGAGACACAUGAAUUUUGAAGAAAAGCUUGCAAAUAUUUUGAGACAUUUAGUUAUUGAUGUUGAUUUUAUCAGACAUGGAAGGCCAUUAUUUCAAACAACCACCAUACUUCCGCUCGUUGGUGUUUCUAAUGGACUCCGUAUUAGCUCAAAAAAAGCAAAGUGGUAA